AUGAUUCCCAAGACAACUUUUGCUUUACUCUUUGCGGCCCUUGCUGCUGCUGGGCCCAUCCAGCGUCGAGAAGUUGCGUCUCUUGACCCGGAUGCUACCGCCGAGGCACAGAAAAGAGACGACACGGCCACCCGUGCCUUUUCCAAUGUCCAGAUCAAGACGUCCGAUGGCAAGUGCUUGAGCGUCGACCCGCUCUCUGGAGACUUCCGGGCCAACUUGACGCCCAUCCAGAUCACCGACUGUGGCAGCACGCAAGGCCAGGGCUGGGAUGUCAUCACCUCCGGCGUCCACAACGACCAGAAGGGCCAGGCUCUGAUUGUGAGCACCCUGACCCAGGCCUGCUUCAACUUUGACCCUCGCCGUGCGGCCGGCAACCAGGUGCUCCUCUUCUCGUGCGGUGGGCGCGCUGAUGGCGGCGGACAAGUCACCAACUCUCAGCUCUUUGCCUUUACCGGAGGCGCGGGCCCGUUGAGCCUGACCCCUGGCAACGAUCCCACAAAGUGCUUCGCUGCCAAGGGCAAUGUGGUUGACAUUGCCGACUGUAACGAUAGCGAUGCUACGCAGAAGUUUACCUUUGGCGAUGCUGCUGCUGGAGGAUCCGACAACAGCAGCAGCUCUGCCGCCGCCAGCUCUGCGCCUGCUGCGACACAAGCCCCGGCCACCUCUGCAGCUGCUGCCCCCAGCGCCACGCCCACCGGGGGUACCCUGAACCCCACUGCGGUUGCCGAAGCCCAAAAGUUUGAUGCCUCCGCUGUUCGACCUUUGGAGAGCGUCAACAUCCGGGCCGCCGAUGGCCGGUGCUUCUCCAUCGACCCCACGGCAGGCGACUUCCGAGAGAACCUGAUCCCCAUUGGGCUGGCCGACUGCAGCGAAGACGCCAGCCAGAAGUUUGACCUUGUGACCAAGGGCGUCCACGACGAUGGCACGGCUGGCGAGGCGCUGAUUGUCAGCGUGCUGACCAACGGCUGCGUCAACUUUGACGGCCGGAGAGCUGCCAACGACCAGGUGAUUAUGUUUUCUUGCGGUGGACGUGCCGAUGGAAGCGGCCUGACUGCGUCUUCGCAGCUGUUCCCCUUCGAGGCGGGCACCGACACGAUCCUGCUUACGCCUAACUCAGCUACCAACCAGACCUGCCUCAUCGCCGGCACUGACCGGGUGGAGGCUGCGCAGUGCAGUGGUCAACAGGACCAGGUCUUUGAACUGGUGCAGGUCCUUACAUACAAGUAA